GGUAGAAUCACAUGAAAAAUCUUAGAAAAUAUUCAUACUCGUACUCAUCUAGGGUUUUUCCCAGCCAAAUGAUAAUAUAAAUAGUCGGCUAUAAUAAUUCACUUCACUCUUGUUCUCGUUCUACCCAACUUCUGUCUCUAGCCGCCUCUCUCCAACUCUCUCGCAGAUCGCCAUGGCCAUCACCUUCUCAGAUCUCUACACCGAGGCCGGUCUCAAGUCCCUCGACGAGUUCCUCGCCGGAAAAUCUUACAUCUCCGGAGACAAGCUGACUUUGGAUGAUAUCAAGGUGUACGCCGCUGUGCUGGAAAAGCCCGCCGGUUCCUUUGCCAAUGUGAGCAAGUGGUACGACGGCGUUUCAGCCCAACUCGCUGCAAACUUCCCCGGCAAGGCUGCCGGAGUGAGAGUCAGCAGCGGCAAGGCCGAGUCUGCUGCUCCUGCUCCAUCUGCCGCUGCUGGAGGCGAUGCCGAUGACGAUUUGGACCUUUUUGGAGAUGAAACCGAGGAGGACAAGAAGGCCGAGGCGGAGAUGGCGGCAGCCAAAAAGGCUUCUUUGACAAUCGCCAUGGCCAUCACCUUCUCAGAUCUCUACACCGAGGCCGGUCUCAAGUCCCUCGACGAGUUCCUCGCCGGAAAAUCUUACAUCUCCGGAGACAAGCUGACUUUGGAUGAUAUCAAGGUGUACGCCGCUGUGCUGGAAAAGCCCGCCGGUUCCGUUGCCAAUGUGAGCAAGUGGUACGACGGCGUUUCAGCCCAACUCGCUGCAAACUUCCCCGGCAAGGCUGCCGGAGUGAGAGUCAGCAGCGGCAAGGCCGAGUCUGCUGCUCCUGCUCCAUCUGCCGCUGCUGGAGGCGAUGCCGAUGACGAUUUGGACCUUUUUGGAGAUGAAACCGAGGAGGACAAGAAGGCCGAGGCGGAGAUGGCGGCAGCCAAAAAGGCUUCUACCAAGAAGAAGGAGAGUGGGAAAUCCUCUGUUCUUUUGGAUGUCAAGCCUUGGGAUGAUGAGACUGACAUGAAGAAGCUCGAGGAGGCUGUUCGGAGUGUCGAGAAGGAGGGUCUCUUCUGGGGCGCAUCGAAAUUGGUUGCUGUUGGUUACGGGAUCAAGAAGUUGCAGAUCAUGCUCACCAUUGUCGAUGACCUUGUUUCCGUCGAUGACCUCAUCGAAGAGCAGCUUACCGCCGAGCCCCGCAAUGAGUAUAUUCAGAGCUGUGACAUUGUUGCCUUCAACAAAAUUUAAGUCUACUACUGCGGUGCACUACUCUUCGUUAUCAUAAUUACUUGUUCGACUUGGAUUUGUGGUACAAUUUUCGCAAGUCAAUCUACUUUUGAUCUUUACAUGAUGAUAUAUGGAUUUACUUAAGUGUUUCAAGUUGUUGGCUUGUGCUAUUUUGACUUUUGUAAUGCCGAAAUUUUACCAUUAAUGUGGGGGGUUUUAACAUGAAUGCUUAAUUUCUAUCUAAAUUUUA